UUUUUUAACAAAUUCAGCAAUAAAUAAUAGUCUCAAAAAUCUUUUACCAAAAUAUUAAGGAUCAACAAAAACUAAAACUUUACGACGAUGCUGCAGAGAGCUGCGAGUAAUGCGUAUUCAUGGUGGUGGGCGAGUCAUAUUCGAACCAAACAAUCUAAAUGGCUCGAACAAAACCUUCAAGAUAUUGAAGAGAAGGUUCAAUAUGUGUUGAAGCUGUUACAAGAAGAUGGAGAUUCGUUUGCCAAGCGUGCAGAGAUGUAUUACAAGAAGAGACCAGAGCUCAUUAGUUUUGUUGAAGAAUCUUAUAGAGCUUAUAGAGCUUUAGCUGAACGUUAUGAUCAUAUUUCUACAGAGCUUCAAAAUGCUAACACGACCAUCGCCUCUGUUUUUCCUGACCAAGUCCCAAACUUUGCCAUGGAUGAUGAUGAUGAUGUGUCUAAAUUCGCCAAAAGAUCGAAUAUUUCUGGUGCUAAUGUCCCUAAUGUUCCGAAAUUGCCUGUUAAGGAUUUGAAGAGCGCGGUUAAAGUGGCUACGAAGAAGCUCCAGCCGAGGAAAUCUAUGAAGUACACGGGUGGUUCUACGAAUGUGGUUGUUAAGAGCUCGGGUUUGAGUAAGCCCGAGGCGAUGGGGGAGAUUGAUAAGUUGCAGAAGGAGAUUUUGGCCUUGCAGACGGAGAAGGAGUUUGUGAAGAGCUCUUACGAGAUAGGUUUGUCUAAGUAUUGGGAGUUUGAAAAGGGUAUUAAGGAGAAACAAGAGAGGAUCUGUGGUUUGCAGGAUGAGUUUGGUGAGAGUGUUGCGAUUGAAGACGAUGAAGCUCGGAGAUUGAUGACCGAGACUGCGAUAAAGUCUUGUCAGGAGAAGCUAGUGGAGUUGCAGGAGAAGCAAGAGAAGUCUUAUGAAGAAGCUAGAGAAGAGCAUGUGAAGAUUAAGGAGUCUAAAGAGAAGCUAAGAUCUAUGGCAAGCCAGUUUUUAGGAGACGAAAGUGUCUUUGCAAAAGACGAUGGUGAUGAAGUUAGAAGAACAGAAGAGUUGGAGCAUGAGAUCAAAGAGAUGUCUAGGAAGAAGAAAGAGUUGGAAUCUGUAAAGGAGAAGAUUAGAGAACAUUUUGAGUCUGGUGCGAAUUCAUCGCAUAACGCGACAGAUAUGGCUGAGAAAGUCGAUGAGCUUGUGAACAAAGUGAUUAGCUUGGAGAGUGCGGUUUCCUCGCAGACUGCUUUGAUACAGAGACUAAGAAACGAGACCAACGGUCUUCAGACACAGAUCAGUACUCUGGAGACAGAUAAGGCGUUGUUAGCAGACGACAAGAGUGAUCUGAGGAAUAAGCUGAGGGAAAUGGAAGAGAAACUCAAGGCAUUGCAGGAUUUGGACAGAAAUGUUUUGGAGAAGAGUAGCAACCUGCAGACACAUUUUGAUGACGCUUGUCAUAACCUCGAUAACCUCUCUGGUGGGAACCUGCAUGAGGUGAAACCAGACAGCGAGUCUGGUAACUUGGCGAUGGAUAUGGAAUCGCAGAAAGAUCUGGAAGGUGAGAAGAGGACUUUAGACAUCAGUGAAGAGACAAAGGAACAUCAAAAGGAAAUGGGUGAGGAGAAGAAAGAAGCACCUGAGAAGAGUGUAAAAUUCGAGCAGACCCGCAAUGCGACAAUAGAAGCAGAAGACACUAUCAUCCCAAGUGAAAAUCCAGAAACUGUUUUGAAAUCUACUGAAAAAGUAGAUUCUGAUUCAGAGAAGCAAGCUGCAUCUGAUAAGACAGAUUCUGUUCUUGAUAAUGUUUUUGAGAAGCAAGGUGCAUCUGAUGAGACAGAUUCUGUUCUUAAUAAUGUUUCGGAGAAGCAAGGUGCAUCUGAUAAGACAGAUUCUGUGCCGAGUAAUGUUUUAGAGAAGGAGAUAUCUUCUAAAGAAUCUGAUAUCACGUUCAAUAGUGAACAACAAGAGGUUCAAAAGGAGAAAGAAAGUGAACCAGAUUGGAAAGAGAUGUUCAUGAAGGGAAUGGAAAACAGGGAAAAGCAUUUGCUUACAGAGUACACAGCAAUUCUCCGGAACUACAAGGAUAUGAAGAAAACUUUGGACGAAACCAAGACAAAGAUGAAGACAGAAAAUGCGACAAAAGAUGAUGAGAUCAAGUUACUAAGAGAGAAAAUGAGCCUCCUGCAAAAGGGUCUAGGAGACAGCAAUGACUUGAUGGAAAACCAAUUGUCAAACGACGACUAUUCCAUCGGAUUCAUGGCUGCAGAAAACCAGAACAUGUCCCUGGUUGAGGAACAGUUCAGGUUGAAUAUUGAUGAGCUUCUAGAAGAGAAUUUGGAUUUCUGGUUAAGGUUCAGCACAGCAUUUGGACAGAUACAGAGCUACGACACUUCAAUCGAAGAUUUACAAGCCGAGAUAUCAAAGCUCGAGCAAAGAAGAAAGCAAGAUGGAAGCAGCACAGCCAAAUAUGCCCUGAGAUCAGAUGUUCGACCACUGUAUGUACACUUAAGGGAAAUAAACACAGACCUGGGGCUCUGGCUGGAGAAAGGUGCUUCCUUGAAAGAGGAACUGAAAUCCAGAUUUGAGUCGUUGUGUAACAUACAGGAUGAGAUAACAAAAGCCCUGAAGUCAAGUGCUGAAGACGAUGAUUUCAGAUUCACAAGCUAUCAAGCUGCUAAAUUUCAAGGUGAGGUGUUGAACAUGAAGCAGGAGAACAACAAAGUGGCAGACGAGUUACAGGCCGGGUUAGAUCACAUUACCACGCUUCAACUCGAGGUUGACAAGACUCUAGGAAAGCUGAUAGAGGAGUUUGCUCUUUCGGGUUCAAAGAACAAAUCUGAUCUUGAUCUCCAGCAUUCAGAUAGCCGCUCAAGAGUACCCUUAAGGUCAUUCAUCUUUGGCUCCAAACAGAAGAGAGCAAAGCCGUCCAUAUUCUCCUGCAUGCAUCCCUCACUAUAUAGAAAGAUGAAGACUUCUACAUAGGUAACAUUUACAUAUUAUAUACUUCAUACUAUCCAGAGAGUUAAUUGAUUCGUAUACUGUAAUUUAUCAGAUUCAUGGAGGAUUUGAUUCAUUCGUGUCUUUUUUACCUGUAUUUUCCUUGGGGAGAUUGACCUGUUUUUAUCCCCCAAUCCCUCUUUUUAUUUUCGGUUUGCGAGAUUGAAACAAUAGCAUUUGUGUGUUGGUAAUAUCCUUUUUGAGUAUUGUAGAUUGUUCACAGUUUGUAACUGGUGAAGCAAGAGGAGAAUGUCUUCAGGCUUUUUACAUUUUCUUUUUCUUCAUCAAAAUUUGUAUGUUCAGAACCAUUACAAGAAACAGAGUUUGUGAUAUAUUGUAUUUUCAUAAUGGUACAAAAAUAACCAACAGUUCUCCAAUAACCUUAUGAGACUAUACUACUGUGAGAGCCAUUAUCAGAUGAGGAAUAAAUUAUGUCAUUCUGC